CUGUCUGUCCCCAUGCCUCUCCUCUUCUUGCUGCUUCUGUUACCAAGCCCCUCACACCCCCAGUCCACCUGUGAGGUAUCCAAAGUGGACAGCAAGGUAGAAAUGAACUGUGAGAAGCAUGGGCUGAAGGUGCCGCCUCUGGACCUGCCAGUGGACACAGCCAUCCUGCACCUGGGUGAAAACCCCCUGGCUACCUUCUCCACGGCAUCCGUGGUGCAUCUGACUCACCUCACGGAGCUGCGCCUGGAUCACAGCCAGCUGGCCAACCUGCAGACUGACAGGACGCUGCCACUGCUGAAGACGCUGGAUCUGUCACACAAUCAGCUAAAAAUCCUGCCCUCACUAGGGCAGGCACUGCCAGUCCUCGUUAGCCUGGACAUCUCCUUCAACAAGCUGGCCUCCUUGUCUCCAAGGGCCCUGGAUGGCCUGAGCCAACUCCAAGAGCUCUACCUGCAUCACAAUCAUUUGACGGCUCUGCCCCCAGAGCUUCUGGCCCCCACACCCAGGCUGAAGAAGCUCAAUCUGGCUUACAACAAGCUAAGCGAGCUGCCCCAGGGGCUCCUGGAUGGAUUGGAGGAUCUAGACACUCUCUACCUCCAAGGGAACUGGCUGAGCACAAUACCAAAGGGCUUCUUUGGGAACCUCCUCCUGCCUUUCACUUUCCUCCACAGCAACCCCUGGAUCUGCAACUGUGAGAUUCUCUAUUUCAGUCGCUGGCUGCAGGAUAAUGCACAAAAUGUCUACUUAUGGAAGGAGGGUAUGGAGGUCAAGGCCAUGACCCCCAAUGUGGCCAGUGUGCAGUGUGCCAACUUGUCUGGCAUACCUGUCUACAAGUAUACAACAGAGGGUUGCACCACCUCUAGUGAUGACUAUGACUACUAUGAUGAAGACGAGGACCAAAACGGUGAUAAGGUGCAUGCCACCAGGGCUAUGGUCAAGUUCUCUACCAACACCAAAGCCCAUACAACCCACGGAGGCCUACUCUACUCAGAAUCUACUGCUUCUCCAGGUAGCCAAAUGUUCUACUCGCCUCCACUCCAAGAAUCCACUCCAAGACAGGCCACAUUCCCAGCCGAAGAGAUCUCAGAUCCCACCACAUUCCCAACUACCACAGAAUCCAUCACAUUCUUCAAAAUUUCAAAACUCACUACAGAACCCACCACAACCCCAACCACCCUAGAACUCACCACAACCCCAACCACCCCAGAGCCCACCACAAUCCCAACCACUUCAGAGCCUACCACAACCCCAACCACCUCAGAACCGACCACAACCACUCCAGAGCCCACCACAACCCCAACCACUUCAGAGCCUACAACCCCAACCACCCCAGAACCCACCACAACCCCAACCACUUCAGAGCCCACCACAACCCCAACCACUUCAGAGCCUACCAUAACCCCAACCACACCAGAACUGACUACAAUCCCAACCACCGAAGAUCUCACCAUAUUUUUGAUUUCUACAGAACCCACUUUACUCCCUACUACCUUAGAAUCCACAGAAAUAAUCUCUGAACCUUUCAACUUUCUGAAUGUCCAUGGGGUGGCUCAAGGGAAUUUGGAUAGCUCCAGAAAUGACCCUUUUCUCGACCCUGACUUUUGCUGCCUCCUCCCCCUGGGCUUCUACGUGUUGGGUCUCCUCUGGCUCCUGUUUGCCUCUGUGAUCCUCAUCCAGCUGUUGAUCUGGCUGCAGGGCGUGAGACCCCAGGCCUUUGGCCAGGCUGCAGCUGUGCACACUGCACACCUGGAGCUGCACAGGGGAAGGCAAGUGACUGUGCCCCGGGCCUGGCUGCUCUUUCUGCAAGGGUCACUCCCCACCUUCCGCUCCAGCCUCUUCCUGUGGGUACGGUCCAGUGGCCGUGUGGGGCCUCUGGUGGCAAGACGGCAGCCCUCAGCCCUGAGUCUGGGUCGUGGUCAAGACCUGCUGGGCACAGUGGGUAUUAGGUACUCUGGCCACAGCCUCUGAGGGUGGGUAGUUGGGGGACCUUAAGAGAGGCUGUGAGGGGCUUUCCUAUUGGGAAUCUAGCUGUGGGUGGGUGGGUAAGGAGCCAAGGGUCAGGGGGAGGUCUUAAUUACUGUUUCUUUAUCAGAAACCUCUUCACACCACAGGCACAGAAACCAGGAGGAGUAAUGAGAUGGAGUUGGGUGGGCCACAGAUUGUGUUGCAUGGGGCGGGGAGGAAGUUCUUAGACCAUGUGGUUAUUACCAUCACUUUUGGGACAAGUUUUAGGAAAAAGCAAAUAAUAAACAGCACAGCAUAUGACUCCCCCAUGUUCUGUGUAUAGAAGAAAGCUUAGAAAGAACUUUGUCAAGAUGUGAGCAUUGGUUGUAUCUGGGUGGUGUAAAUAUGGGCAGUUUUUAUUUUUUCUCUGCUUAGCUUGUUCUAGUUUUCCACCAUCAUGGUAUAUUAUUUGUACAAUAAAAAAUAAUAAAAAACAAAAUUUAAUUUUUUUUCUGAAGAGAGAGUGGUUGGGGCACCUGUCACUAGAAUUCCCAAGGCCCCAACGGCCCCCACUACUCGCUACUACUCACCCAAUCAACCCCUAGUCUCAGCCUGCACUUCCCCUGCAUAGGGUGUCAUCUUCCUCACCCAACUACUGCCCUCCCCUCUCCUCCAGGCCACCCCAAGAACCAUAGGUCUUCCUGGUACUUAGUGACACUGCUGAGGCCUACUGCAUGCAGCCUGCAGUGCUGGGGGGAAGUGGAUGCCUGCUCACAUCUGCAGUCCCAGAAAUGCAGCUCUCUUGCACCACUCACGUGGCCUGGCCGUGUGCUCCAUCUUGGUGGGUAUUAUUGAAGGGUCUCAAGUUUCCUCUCAAGCUAGGAUGCAGGCAAAUGGAACUACUUAUUCCCUGUGCCAGAUUCUGCCAUGCCCCUUACCACACUGGGCAGGGCAUUCUCUCCUGCUGCUUCACCUCCAGCCCAAUCCAGCGUUUGAGGCCCAGAGAAUGGGGUUAAAGGCUGAGCCUUCCUGGCUCCAUGGAGACUCCUCCUCCAGAUGGUGCUAGAUCUUCCUACCUUCAAAUCUGACCACAAUUCUCCUGCUUUGAACUCUUUCCUGAGGCCAAACUCCUUAGCUCAGCAAUCGAGGACAUCCACGCACUGACCCUACCUAACAGUCCAGCUUCAUCUCUCCCAACACACUUCGCAAUCUAUGCUCCAGCAGUCGCACACUUACCAGUUUACCUGCUCCCCAAUGCUUUUUCUCUUCUAAACCUUUGCUCUCGCUCUAGCCAGGGCUGCCCCUGUUCCCUUCUCCUCCCCCAGCCAGUCUAACUACCACCGGACAAAAGUCUAGUCUCUCCUUCCCCUGGGCUGGGCCAGGUGCUCCAAGCUAUCCUGCACCUACCUAUUGCUCUGCUCCUGGCUCCUAAUCACUUC